AUGGCAUUGACACAGCAGGCAAGAUCUCCUAGAUCGCCCGACGAUAGCUUUCCUACCGCCCAACUCUUCCUACUUGCAAUAUGUCGUGUUGCCGAACCCAUCGCCUUGACCUCAAUUUUUCCAUAUUCUUGGGUGAUGGUCAAGGACUUCCACGUUGGGGAUGGUGAAAAUGCAUCCUUCUAUGCUGGCAUUUUGAUAUCGGCCUUCUCGCUGGCCGAGGCUCUCACUGGUAUGUUCUGGGGUGCACUCUCGGAUCGACUUGGCCGAAAACCUGUUCUCCUUUCUGGCUGCUUUGGCACAAUUGCUUCUUUGAUUCUAGUCGGACUGGCUCCUACCUUCUGGGUUGCACUUGCCGGUCGAGCCCUUGGUGGUGCCCUGAAUGGGAACAUCGGAGUCAUCCAGACGAUGGUCGGUGAGCUGGUUAAACGGCCUGAAUAUGAGCCUCGAGCAUAUGCUAUUAUGCCUUUUGUCUGGUCAAUCGGAACGAUCAUCGGACCGGCUAUUGGUGGGUUGCUUGCAAAGCCUUCUGAGGGAUAUCCUUCCUUAUUCCCCGCCAACGGUCUUUUCGGGAAAUUCCCGUUUCUCUUGCCUAAUCUCGUUUGCUCUUUUCUACUUCUCCUUAGCAUUGUAUGCACCUGGCUAUUCUUGCAGGAGACUCAUCCGGAUAUGCAACACGGCAGUGACGCACACGUGUCUUUCGGGCACCACGCUGUUGAACAGCCUCUUCUCGCCACAUCUGGUGCUACUGCCAAUGCUGGGGUAGAUCUUCGAGCGGAGUCGUAUGGGACAUUCAAUCAAGUUCAUCUACAUGAAGAGAGCUGGAAUGUGCAAGUUGAUGGUUCAUCACCUACUUGGAAAGGGCUACCUAAGCCUAAAGCCUUCACGUGGAAAGUCACAAUGCUUGUCGUGGCGUUAGCUAUCUUCACCUAUCACUCCAUGACAUACGAUCACCUCCUCCCUAUUUUCUUACAGGAUAAGAACACACGAGGUCUCUCUACUUUGUCUUGUGGACUCUUGGAUAUCUCAGGAGGAUUGGGUCUCUCAACCCGGACAGUGGGUUUUAUCAUGUCCACUGAUGGUAUUAUCGCUCUCGUCAUCCAGAGUGUCGUAUUCCCUCUGCUGGCACAUUACUUCGGCCUUUGGCGACUAUUCAUCGUUGUCACGGUACUCCAUCCAAUUUCAUACUUCAUGGUUCCGUUCCUUGCUUUCUUGCCCGGUCGAUCAGUCUAUAUUGGGAUCUAUGUGUGCUUGAUUGUUCGAAAUGUUCUUUCAAUCAUCGCCUAUCCCGUUCUCUUGAUCCUUAUCAAGCAAUCCAGUCCCUCAGACUCUGUCAUGGGUAAAAUCAAUGGCCUGACAGCUUCCGCUGGUGCUGCAUCUCGGACUCUGGCUCCUCCAAUCGCUGGUUUUCUUUAUAGCGCUGGCGUUGAGAUAGGCUGUACGGCCAUCGCCUGGUGGGGUAGCAGUCUGAUUGCUUUGCUUGGUGCCUUGCAAUUAUGGUUCAUUCAACGCAACAGGCAUGUCUGGGCAACCGUGCACCAUGCUACACCUUUUGGUUAUGAUCAAGUUCCAGAACAUCCACAUGACGAGAUUGUUCAUAUCAUUGUGAACGACGACAUUGUUGGAGGUGAUGGAGGAUGUUCGGAAAUUGUGUCCGACUACGAGAGAGCCAAUUGA